AUGCCAGAUCGCGUCUGCACUAGACUGAGCAUCCCGUGCGGUGGAUACGCGCCGAGGAUCAUCUUCAAAGACCAGACAAAGCUGUUCAACCAGGACUCACCCAGGCGAACAAGGUCUGGUCAGAGGUUGGGUGAUUCUGAGUCGAUUGAUGACUCGGAGCAGCAAGAUGAAGUCGAUGAUAGCUUCCAGGGUCCUGAAGAACAAAGCCCAGCCCAGGACUACCUCGCGUCGUAUGUUGCAGCACCAGAUCUAGACGACAAUCCAAUCCAGACUCAGGGCCCCAUCUAUCACGUCGGACCACCAAAUGACGCGCUUCAAGCCACGAAUACCUUGUCAAGUCCAGUGGUACCAUCAACAUGGAACACGGGAUUAAUCCAUGGCGCCGCUCUCGUCAGUACCACCAACACACCAGCGAGCGAUCAUCAUGAACCUUUGCCGUACAUGGCGUCGCCAGUAAUCACACCCGGCACAUCGUCUCACACUCCUUUUGCAUACACAACUCCGAAUUUUUCGUCGCCUCGAUUACCCCACCAAGAUGGUGUACAUGAGACGGUCACGUCAGAUAGAUUCUUUGGCAUCAAAGUGGCUCCGAUGAUACCCCAGGGUCUGUUUGAAAGUAUGAAGUUCCCAGAGGAUAUGCUGUACUACCACCAUCUACGCGACACUGGACCUUACGGAGUCCUCUCGGUUCUAUACCUAAACGAUAUCCUUGAUGCCGGGUACCUAAAUGGAUCAUUCUACCACGCCGCACUGGCGCUUUCAGCUCUUAAAAUCUCAAAGUCUGACGCUCAUACUCAUCUUCGCAACCAAGCAUCAAUACAUGCACUGGAACAUUUUGUUGUAGCGCUUGGCGACAUUGGCAAGAUCGAAGUAGAAGACAUCAACACUCCGAGUAACGCACAUAAUCCAAAGAAACGAGAGAACGCUGUUUCUUGGCUAAGCACUGUCUUGUUGCUCGCCCAUUUUGAGUUGAAGCGCGGACAGAUGAGAUUAUGGUGUGUCCACGGUCGUGCAGCCGUCGACUUUCUCUCGUCGCAUUUGGCUCUUGUGCGGGCUACAGAUAUAGGCGAAUGCCUCGUUCGUGCCUUUUCGCGAAUAGCGGCUUUGCUUGUUAUUUACGAGCGCACUCAUUCAAUACAGAAACAGGCAAUCUCCCCGGAAGUGUCUAGUUCUAUGAUUGAACUGCUUGCUUCGUCAACAUUACCCUAUGAUAGGCUUCUUUACAUAGGUCCGAGGGUAAAUGCUUUGGAGGACGAGUGGAGAGCCAAUUUCAGACCUGACGCGACAUGGAAUGAGCGGGUCGAUCAGCUCAGAAUCGAGCUUGAAGAAUGGAGACAAAGUUUACCGAUAGAAGAAGUCCCAGCGUUUGGCGAUGAGGAUGCUGUGAAAGGGCGGGCUGUUGACAUUAAACCGCUAACAAUAUUGACAUCCUACGAACCGGUCAGAGCAGCGACAAACUACGCACACUAUCUCGUCUUCAUGCUACGGAUAGACAUGAUGUAUUCUUCCAAAACAGCUCACAAUAUUACACCUGCCGAGUCAGCCUCUAUAAUUCGCCAGAUUUGUCGACUCACUUUGGGUCUCCCAUAUACUCUCUGCGUCAGCGUCAACAACUACGGCCACGGUAUGCUUCCCGCUAUGCUUGACGCGUAUCACAUGGCCGAUGAUGCAUUAAGGAACUGGAUCAAGAAGUGGAUAUCCUCACGACCUGAUACACGGGAGGGUAUAUGGGAUAUUGGAAGGGUGCAAAAGUUAAUUGCCUACUUAGAUAGAGAGUACACAGGCCAAGGAUCGAGAGCAGGAUGGACAGUUAUUAAAACGAGAAUGAUCGAUGAGGAAGACGAUGGUCAGGAGAGAGAUGACGUGAGGGAUGAAGGGGAUAACUUUUGUGUUGAGAUUUACUCCAAAGGGAAGAGAGGUUGGAGUAUCGACUUUGUUGAAAUUGAGUGA